CAGACAAGUGAGAGAGAGACUAAAGCAGCAAGUUGUUGAGAUGAAAGAGAAAUUUCCAGGCUUCAGACCAGGACUCGCAAUUUUGCAGGUUGGAAAUCGGGAUGAUUCGAACCUCUAUAUUAAUAUGAAGCUGAAGGCUGCUGCUGAGAUUGGGAUCAGUGCAAAUCACAUAAAACUGCCGAACACAGCAACAGAAACUGAUGUCCUCAAGUGCAUUGCCUCUUUGAAUGGAGACCCUGCUGUUCAUGGCUUUAUAGUGCAGCUGCCGCUUGACUCUGAUAAACCCAUCAAUACAGAAAAAAUAACCAAUGCUGUUGCACCUGAGAAGGAUGUAGAUGGUUUAAGUAGCAUCAAUGCUGGGAAACUCUCUAGAGGGGACCUUGGAGACUGCUUUAUUCCCUGCACGCCAAAAGGAUGCAUGGAACUUAUCAGGCAGACAGGCAUCCAGGUUGCAGGGAAAAGAGCUGUAGUGGUUGGUCGUAGUAAGAUCGUUGGUGCUCCCAUGCAUGACCUGCUGCUCUGGAAUCACGCGACGGUAACCACUUGCCAUUCAAAGACCUCAACGCUGGCUGAGGAGGUUGGUAAAGCUGAUAUCCUGGUAGUUGCAGCUGGUAAAGCUGAAAUGGUAAAAGGUGAAUGGAUCAAACCUGGUGCAAUUGUAAUAGACUGUGGAAUUAACCAUGUGCCAGACAGCACAAAGCCCAGUGGAAAAAGAGUUGUAGGAGAUGUGGCGUACAGUACAGCAAAGGAAAGAGCUUCCUACAUCACCCCAGUUCCUGGUGGCGUUGGGCCUAUGACUGUGGCCAUGUUAAUGCAGAGCACCGUGGAGAGUGCACAGCGUUUUCUGGAGAAGUUCCAGGCUGGAAAAUGGAACAUCCAAUAUAACCAGCUUACCCUAAAGAUGCCUGUUCCAAGUGAUAUUGAAAUAUCGCAGUCUUGCAUACCCAAGCCCAUUGAUCAAGUUGCAAAAGAAGUUGGCCUGCUCCCUGAUGAGGUGGAGCUCUACGGCCAAACUAAAGCCAAGGUUCAUCUGUCAGCUCUGAAACGGCUGAAGAACCAGCCAGAUGGCAAAUACAUUGUUGUUACUGGGAUAACUCCUACUCCCCUGGGAGAGGGGAAAAGCACCACCACUGUCGGUCUUGUUCAAGCCUUAGGAGCACAUCUUCACGAGAAUGUCUUUGCCUGUGUUCGGCAGCCUUCUCAGGGGCCAACCUUUGGUAUAAAAGGUGGAGCUGCAGGUGGUGGCUAUUGUCAAGUUAUCCCCAUGGAAGAGUUUAACCUUCACCUCACUGGCGACAUCCAUGCUAUCACUGCAGCCAACAACCUGGUCGCUGCUGCUGUCGACGCACGUAUAUUCCAUGAGCUAACUCAGCCUGACCAGGCUCUCUACAACCGUUUGGUGCCUUCUGUCAACGGUGUUAGGAAGUUCUCAGACAUUCAGAUCCGAAGACUGCAGAAAUUGGGCAUUAACAAAACUGAUCCUACGGCUUUGACAAACGAAGAAGUAAGCUUAUUUGUGAGAUUGGACAUUGACCCAGGCACCAUAACAUGGCAAAGAGUGGUGGAUACAAAUGACAGGUUCCUUAGGAAAAUCACUAUUGGACAAUCUCCAACAGAAAAAGGCUUCUCACGAACGGCUCAGUUUGACAUCACAGUGAGCAGUGAAAUCAUGGCAAUUCUAGCACUCUCUGAUGGGUUGGAUGAUAUGAAAAAGCGACUGGGCAGAAUGGUAGUAGCUUCCAGCAAGAGAGGAGAACCAGUUACAGCAGAUGACCUU